CCAACCAACAUGCCAACUUUCUCUUCUCUCUCCGAUGAUUCUUCUCUCUCCAAAAUCCCGUCUCAGUUCAUCUGGCCGGACCAUGAGAGGCCAACCCUCGACUCGCCCGAGCUUCACGUGCCUCCUAUCGACUUGAAGAGCUCAAUCUCCGACGACCCAGUUGCUCUCUCUGACACAUGUCGUCUCCUCAAUCAGGUUUGUCGGAAGCAUGGUUUCUUUGUCGUGGUUAACCAUGGCGUGGAUGCGGAGCUGAUAUCGAAGGCGCACGAAUUCAUGGACUUGUUCUUUGGGAUGAAGCUUGAGGAGAAGCAGCGAGCGGGGCGGAAGGUGGGCGAGCUGUGUGGGUAUGCCAACAGUUUCAUAGGGAGAUUCUCGUGUAAGCUUCCAUGGAAGGAAACUCUGUCCUUCAGAUACUCUGCUCAUGCUCAUUCCUCCACUCUUGUUGAAGAUUACUUUGCUAGUGCUUUGGGAGAAGAAUUGAGAAGUAGCGGGAAGUUGUACCAACAAUACUGCGACGCCAUGAGCAAGGUAUCACUGACAAUAAUGGAGCUUUUGGGGAUGAGUUUAGGCGUUGGAAGAGAGUAUUUCAGAAACUUCUUUGAAGAAAACGAGUCGAUUAUGAGAUUAAACUACUACCCACCAUGCCAAACCCCAGGUCAAACUCUUGGAACUGGGCCUCACUGCGACCCAACUUCCUUGACCAUCCUUCAUCAAGAUCAUGUCCACGGCCUCCAAGUUUUCGUCGACCAACAAUGGCACUCCAUUCCCCCGAAUCCCCAAGCUUUCGUGGUCAACAUUGGCGACACUUUCACGGCGCUAUCCAAUGGAAUGUACAAGAGUUGCUUGCACAGGGCAGUGGUGAAUGAAGAAAGCGUGAGGAAAUCUUUGGCCUUUUUUCUGUGUCCAAAUGAAGACAAAGUGGUGAGUCCACCCAGCUGUUUGGUUGACGAGAAAAACCCAAGAAUUUUCCCGGAUUUCAGAUGGCCAACUCUGCUUGAAUUUUCUCAGAAACAUUACAGAGCCGAUGAUAAAACCCUAGAGGCCUUCUCCAAUUGGCUCUUCCAAACAACACUCUCCACCGAUUAAUUACCACAAUAACCCCCACAACCCCCACAAUCUCCU